AUGCAUUUUAUUUAUUGUAUUGCUGAAUUUCUUGUUAUGUUAUCAUAUGAUACACUUCAUUCAAAACAAGUUAUUAAAGUGCAAGAUUUAAUAAAACAUUAUGAUUCAUUAUUAGCAAGCGGACAUGAACCUGAAACACAUGCUUUGGCAGCAUUACAACCAGCUUUACAAUUGUUAACAGUUAUUGUUAAUAGUGUUCAAAUUGAAGAUGAUAAAUGGAACCGUCUUUCACGACAAAUUGUCGAUGUACUUCUUGUUCAUUUACAAUCUCAGAAUGAUGUUUUAUCAUCAGUUAAUGGAACACGAGAUGAAACUUUUAGUGCAACUCUUCUUCGAAUUUUACAUGACGUGAUAUUACGAAUUUUAACUAAUACUCGACAACUACGUGAUGAAAAUGGUCUUGUAUUAGUUUUAUUAAUUGAACAAUUUCUUCCAUUACCAUAUAUAUCUGUAUUACGUUUAGUUGAAUUAAUUGUUUAUGAUCGUAUUGAAAUGAUGUUAACACUUGAUCAACAAACAUUAAAUAAACAAUUAUUACCUGAAUAUUUACCAUUAAUUUUAUAA